AUAAUAAUAAUAGUAAUAAUAAUAAAUUUCUGUCUUCCCUGAGAGGGCUUGAGAUGAUGCACAUGUAGCAAGGGAUAACAAAACUCCUGAUCUAGCUCCCGCUGCAGGAAUGCUCGGAUUCCCAAAAAACAGGGUUGAAGCACAACCCACAGAUUUGCUCCUUGUUAUCAGCCUGGAAUUAAAAUGAGGCUUGGGGAGAAGCAGUUCACAGUGGCCUGUUGCCCAGGAUUUAUUUCAUUUAGAAAAUCUUUACUAUUGAUCAUCAUCUGAGGCCCUUUUUCAUGUGCCCCCCUCCUUGGGACGCCUGGAGGGUGGCAACACAAGAACGGGUCUUUUCAGUGGUGGCUCCCUGAUUGCAGAAUGCUCUCCCCAGGGUGGCUCAUCUGGCACCCUCAUUACACAGCGCCAGCUGCCAGGUAAAAAAUAAAUAAAUUCAUUUUUUGCCAGGCUCUUAAUCUUAUCUGUGGCCACCUUUGAGUGGGUAGAAUGUUUUAAUCCUGCCUUUUAUAAAAUAGGAUUGUCUUUUUUAUUUUUCUCCCAUUUUCCCUUUUAUGCCAGUUUCAAUGUAUGUAAUUGUUUGAUGAUUUAUUGUGAGUCGCUUUGAGUUAUCUUGGUUUUUUUUUUAAAAAGUGACCAAUAAAUUUAAUAAAUAAAAAAAUAAAUAAAUGUAGAACGGACCAUUUGUUCCUCUCUAAGAGCAGCAGGUUCUGUACCCUGAAACUCCCUGAGGUAAAAAUGUUCAGGCCUCUGGCCAGAGUAAGGCUCUUGAAAGCAGAUAAAAUGUUAUUUCGUGAUUUCAAGCCUACAUAUGUUUUGAAUUCCAACUUCCACCAGUCCAGGCUGCAUGGCCAGCUGUCAGGGUGGAUGAGAUUUGAAGUCCAAGCACACGUGGAGAGCAUCAUAUGGGGAAAGGCCUAACCCUGAUUCUUCUCUCCUGCCCAGAGCAAUUUAACAAUGAAGGACCAUUGUCCUCCAUAUGCACCACAAGUGCGCCCUGGGCCCACUAUUUUGUAUCUUGUUCCAAUUGAUAGAAAUUAUAGAAUAGAGUUGGGAGGGACCCUAAGCACCAUCUAGUCCAACCCCUUGCAAUGCAGGGAAAUGCAGCCGCCCUAUUCGAACCUGCAACCUUGGCAUUAUCAGCACCACGCUUUAACCAACUGUUGACAUCGUAAGGGCUGUAAUGAAUGUACCUAAGUUAGCCGUGCCCGUUAACUCCAGUGGCUGUACAGUGGUACCUCGGUUUAUGAACACAAUUGGUUCCGGAAGUCUGUUCAUAAACUGAAGCGUUCAUAAACUGAAGCGAACUUUCCUACUGAAAGUAAUGGAAAGUGGAUUAAUCUGUUCCGGACGGUCCAUGGAGUUCUUAAACUGAAGCGUUCAUAAACUGAAGCGAACUUUCCCAUUGAAAGUAAUGGAAAGUGGAUUAAUCCAUUCCAGAAGGGUCCGCGGAGUACUCAACCUGAAGCGUACUUAACCCGAAGCAUGGGUGUAAUUGGUUCCGGAAGUCUGUUCAUAAACUGAAGCGUUCAUAAACUGAAGCGAACUUUCCCAUUGAAAGUAAUGGAAAGUGAAUUAAUCCGUUCCAGAUGGGUCCGCGGCGUUCAUAAACCGAAAAUCCGUAAACCGAGGUGUUCAUAAACCGAGGUUCCACUGUAUUCCGAGUUGGCAUAGCAUUGAAUCCCAUAAUUCCAGGGGGCGGAGAGUAGAUCCUGCAAACCUGUAGCUUGUCCUUUUUCGUAUCCUGAGCUCUAGUCUGGGAUCUACUUGCAUCCUCCUCCUCCUCCUCCUGGCUUUAUUUAGCGGUGAGAGCACUUUGACAGCUACGAGCACCCAUUUCAGGCCUUUAUUUUUAGGCAGAGAUUCCUUCGCUCGAAUCCUGGAAACGGCUUCGGAAGCUGGCAUCAGGCCCCAGGAUCUGAAUUUGCUGGCUGGGGGCCUGCUCUCCUCUGCAACAACUAGCCUGGAGAGUCUGAGCAGGCACUUUUCCCUCACUACACAACAUGCCUGCUCAGCUUGCAGGAUGGCAAGAUGGCGGCCAUGUACGGUGGUCUUCCAGCCUGGUCCCUAACCUCCUGAAGAUGGCUUUGCCCUGGGAGAAGAUGCUGCCUGCUUGGCUCUCGCUUCUCUUGCUGCUCCUCGGGGUUCCAAGCGGGAGCCCUUUGCAGCAAGAGCCCUGCCAGACGUGCCGCGACCUGGCCAGCAACUUCAAUAAGGGUCUGGAGCGGACACAGCGAGAGAACUUCGGGGGCGGGAACACAGCCUGGGAAGAAGAGAAGCUUGCAAAAUAUGCAAACAGUGAGACCCGCCUGCUGGAAGUCUUGGAGGGUGUGUGUGCCACAUCAGACUUUGCAUGCCACCAGCUGUUGGAGCAGGGAGAAGACCAUGUGGAGCGUUGGUGGUUCCAUGAGCAGCGACAGCACCCUGAUUUUUCCCAGUGGCUCUGCAUGGAUGCAUUGAAACUCUGCUGCCCUCCCGGCACUUACGGCCCUGACUGCCACACCUGCCCUGGGGGUGCCCAGAAGCCUUGCAGCGGGUAUGGGCAGUGUGAUGGUGAUGGCACUCGCAGGGGCACCGGCCUGUGCAUGUGCCAGACGGGUUACGGCGGCCCCUUCUGUUCCGAAUGUGGAGAUGGCUACUACGAAGCUUCUCGCAACGACAGCCACCUGGUAUGUGCGGAGUGCUACCGGGCCUGCGGACGCUGUUCAGGCCCCGAAGAUUCAAGCUGCCUUCGCUGCAAGAGGGGCUGGAUGCUGCACGACCGAAGGUGCAUUGACAUAGAUGAAUGUGGCACAGACAUGGCGCACUGCCGGGCCAACCAGUUUUGCGUCAACACCGAGGGGUCCUACGAGUGCCGAGAUUGUGCCAAGGCCUGCAUUGGCUGCAUGGGUGCCGGGCCUUCCCGCUGCAAGAAAUGCAACAAGGGCUAUCGACGCGAAGGUGUCAAGUGCCUCGAUGUGGAUGAAUGUGCUGGAGACAUGGAAGAACCCGUAUGCACAGGUGCCAGUGAGGCCUGUGAGAACACAGACGGCAGCUAUCGGUGUGUCUGUGCAGAGGGACAUGUUCGCAAGGAGGGGAUCUGUGUGGAAGACAAGCCCCCAGAUGCUCCCGAGAAAGGAUUCUUUGACGACAUCACGGACGACGAGGUGGUUGUCCUGCAGCAGAUGUUCUUCGGUGCCAUCAUCUGUGCUCUGGCCACCCUAGCUGCGAAAGGAGACAUGGUCUUCACCGCCAUUUUCAUUGGUGCCGUGGCCGCUAUGGCUGGCUACUGGCUGUCUGAGCGCAGUGACCGGGUGCUGGAUGGCUUCAUCAAAGGCAGAUAGUGCACGGGCCAAGUGAACAUCCGUCCCCUUCUGCGUCCUGCCUCAGAGAGCCAGCCGGUGGGCAGGAAUCCCUUGACCUCACCCCUUUUAAAAAUCCAGGUUAGAGAGGCAGAAAGGCCCAGGCCAUAUCCCACUCUCGGCUGUUGGUAGCCUUGGCCUAGCAUGCUAUGAAGGUAGAAAGGGGACGCGAGAGGAAAUGUGCCCUGCAGUCCCAGUUUGGCCUGAGAGGAGGGCUCUUGGCAUGAUGGAGGUGUGUGUGUGGGGGGGGGGAAUACCCCUUAAUGGUGCAAGAGGACUGAUCUGGGUUACCGUCACUGGGGUCUGGAAAACAAGUCCCCGUUGCUCUCUGACUGGCCUGGCCCUCGCUGCAUGUGGGGUGAUCUCAAAUGUGUUCCUACCCGUGGAUUCCAGUCUCCCCCACACUGGUCAACUCAGAUGGACCACCAGGAAAAAUGUUUGUCUCACUGUGGAAAGAAGCACAAGGCGGGCGGGCUUGGGAUUGCUCCCUGCUGGCUCUUUGAGGGGCUGCCUCUAUGGCUGGGAGCCGAUCUACACGUUAUGCUGGAGGAAAUAGCAAAAACUGAGGCAGUACCAUUCUGGACUGUUGGCACUUUGAAUGCUUCCCCCACCUAAAAAAGAAAUGAAUCUCCCUGCAUUCAAUGAGCCAGCAUCAUCAGUGAGAAUGGUUGAAGCCAUGGCUAGGGAUAGUUAUUGGUGAACCCCCAUCAUUCCUGAUCACACUGUAUUGAUGGGUGUCUCACAAUAUCUGGAGGACCACGUUCCCCAUCUCUUGAUUUAGGGCAUAACCUUCUCCCUGAUAGGCUAGCUUACUUAAUGCAGGGAGUUUUAUUGGGCAAUGGGGAGGGAGAGAGCAUUCAAAGAUAAGGUCCCACUCACCCCUGCCGUCUGAAGUGGUACAGUCCAGAAUUCUAUUCCCCCCCCCCCCCGCCAGUCUCUCCUGCCUCCUUCUGCAUAAUGUGUAGAACAACUCCGGUGCUGCCAAGGGGCAGCGCAUGAGGCAGAGGGAAGCUUGAUUGGCACGCAUGCCCAUCCUUGCCCCUUUACUCCCGCCCACUCAACCAUUUGUCUGUCCAUAUCUCAGGAAAUUAAAGCUCUCUCUGUCCACAUCCCACAUGGUUCUGGCUCUCUCUCUCUCCUGUGCUCAUUCCAUCCGUUCUAGUGCAGGGUGUGUGUCAAAGCUUGGGACGAGGCCCGCUAUCUCAGCCACUCUCAGAUUUAAGGAAUUUGUUCUAAAAAAUAAACACUGCAAAAUCUCGCCGGUUACUUCGCACACACACACACACGUGGCACACAAACAACUGCACACUGAAGCGGCUUUCGGAAUAUCCUCUUCUUCCUCCCUUCGCUACCCCCCCCCCAAACUCCAUGUGGGUGCAGGUUUAUGCAGAUAAACUCCUGGCAUUUCCAGCAGGGGCAAAACAGGGUGACAAGGGAAUAUUGCCCUCUGCAGGCCUUUGGAGAGCUCAACACUUAUUGUGCUUGUUAGAGGAGGCCCUUCUCUGUGUUCCACAUUUUGGAGAAGUACACAGGGUUGCCAUAUUCCCAAAAAUGAAAAUCCGGACAAAGUUGUUGGGUGGUGGGGGUUUUUUUGGUCAAUGUUGUUGUCCCUCCCAAAAAAAUGCGUUUUGGGGGUUUUCUUGGAUUUUUAAAGCAUUUUAUUUUUUCAUAUUUUUUCCAUUUUUAAUAAUUUAACAAUUUAACAUACAUUAUUACUUAUUUAUUCAUCCCCUUCUAGACUCCAACCCACCCCUGGUUUCCAAUUUCUCCCUUUUAUUACCUUACACAUCUUUAGUUUUCCAUUCAGUUACAAGUCCAUUGAUAACCCUAAUUCAGUGUUUCUCAACCUUUUUUGGGCCACGGCACACUUGUUCCGUGAAAAAAAUCACGAGGCACACCACCAUUAAAAAAGUUAAAAAAUUUAACUCUGUGCCGCCCUAUAUGAUAAUUAUGACUGUAAGAAACACUUGCCAAAUAUUGCUUUCCGGCGGGUCAGCGCUGUAUAUUGCCGGCCGCCAGGCUCGUUUGCACUGAGCUUUGGGAAAGAGGAGGAGAAAUAUUGCUUUCUGGUGGGUUAGCGCCGCUGCUGCCUUUGCCGGCUCGAGCUCCAAGCCGGCGGCGGGCUGCUGCCUUUGCUGGUUUUCGCUCCGUUGGGUGGGGGGAGCAGGAAGUCGCUCGCAACUUUCCGGAUCCCUCCCCGCCGGUCUCCUCCUCCUUCCCACUGCGCCUCCCCUUUCUGGGUUUCUCGGCGACACCUCCUUCUCCUCUUCCGACGCUGGCUGGCGGCUUUGUGCUGGAAUGCCGCGUGCGCAGCUUUCAGGUACCGGUAGACGAGGACGCGGGUCGGGGGUGGGGAUGCAUGUGUGAACGCCCUGGGUGAAGGGUCGGAGGCUGCAAGGCAGGGGUACGAACGCAAUUCUCACCUGAUUCGGUGGAGCUCGGCAAAGCGCCACUGCUGCCUUUGCCGGCUUGAGCUCCAAGCCGGUGGCGAGCUGCUGCCUUUGCCAGCUCCCGCUCAGUCGGGGCUCGGCAAAAAAUAAGACGCCCCCGAAAAUAAGCCAUAGGCUUGAGUAAAAAAAAAAUAUAAGACAUGACUUAUAAUAUGAGAAACACGGUAGUGUGCCACGGAACAGUGGUUGAGAAACGCUGCCCUAAUUCACAUGACUUCAUAGAUGCUAUGUCAGUCCUGCUAAUGUUUUUAAGUCUUUACAGUGGACCUUAAGAUACCCUAUAAAUUUUCUCCAGUCUUGUAUAAACUUUUUUUUCAUCUUGGUCCUGGAUUUUCAUGGCCCUCUUUGCCAUUUUGGCGUAGUCUGUCGUCUUAGUUAUCCAUUCCUCCUUCGUUGGUACUUCUUUCAAUUUCUGGGCAAGUAGCAUCCUUGCGGCUGUAUUUAAAGCAUUUUUUUAAAAAAAUAAAAUGACCCCUACUUGCCAUACGUCCGGGUUUCCCUGGUCACUUGGCCAAUUCAGCAAAAAUUGCUCAGAUGCCAUUUUGCAGCCCAAUUCCCGGACGUAUGACAGCCCUAUGUACAAAAGAGAGGGCCUUUGCUCUGGAGGUGUCAUCCUGACUAUGGAAUGAAUGCUCCCCCCCCCCCGGGUGGGAGAUAUGUCUGGCAACCACAAGUGCAUUCAUUUCGACACCAAGUUAAAAUCUUUUUAUUGCUCCAGACGUCUUGCACCACAAUUAUUCCUUUUUUAGCUAACUGGAUUGUGUUAUUUCUCUUUAAGUUUGCUUCAUUGUUUGUCAGCCUAAAAAGCUGCCUUUAGACUGAGCCAGACUCUAGAUCAGUAUUUGCUACACGGAUUGGCAGCAGCUCUUGGGGGCCUGGCGUUCAAACAGGACUCUCUUCCACUGAUACCUGGACACUGAACCUGAGGCCUACUGCGUGUGAGAUAGACACUCUGCCACUCAGCUGGGACUCUUCCCAUUUUUUUUUAUUUUUGCAAUUUCACAUUUCUUUGUAUGCUGGUGGGAAAUCCCUUUGAUGGAGGCUAACUUCCCCCCCUUUAAAAAAACAAAACCCAAGUAAGAGAAGCAAUUGGGAAAUGGUCGCUGAAGUGAAGCCUCCUCCUCACUCCCCCCCACUUCACAAUUUCAUUAUUUAUUAAAUUUAUAUCCCACCCUUCCUCCCAAAGGAGCCCAGGGUGGCAAGGAUGAAGAGUGUGCCUUCUGGAAGGGGAAGGUUGAGCAAAGGAGAUUUUCCUGCAGAGUUUAAGGGGUGGCAGAUGAUACCCAGCUGUUUUGAAGCAAGUAGAUGACCGAAGCUUCUCCGCUCCCACCCCACAAACCUUUGCUCUUUUAUCCCUCUUUUCCCACUGUUAUUCCAGUUGCUCAAAGCAGUGCAGCCAGAGAUUUAGACCCCGACUUUCAACCGGAUUACCAGUAUUCUGGGUAGCUGCUGGCUCUCUCUCUCUCCCUUUAUCAGUCCAUUCAUAGCUGUUGAGCUCUUCAGAGGUUCUGCCCUCUGUCACACCUUUGGUGUCAGUUUCCAAUAGCUCUGUGAUGUUUCAAAGGACACCUCACGCAGACAACCACCCAUUGUUCGAAGGGAAGGCCGGUUGAUCUCGGUAAUCUUUGCUGCCACUGGUUACAGCAGCCAUUCCCAGAAUUCAUUGCUUCUGAGGCUAAGUGCCUGAGAGCAUUAAUAAUAAUAAUAAUAACGAAUCAAGCCAGUGAGCCUCUGAACAAGUUCCUAAGUUAAAUACCUUUGCAUACAAGAGAGAACCUCUUGUAGCUUCUACUAAAGACAUGGGAGAUUUUCUGUCGCCCGCCCACCCAAAUGUGCAUUUGAUAAUCUUCUGAACCACCCCCACGGUACUCUCUUAGUCAGAUUUAGUUGUCUCGCUCCACGUACGGCAUGCAGUCGCCAAUCUUGAGUUCUAGAAUCCUGCUUUCAUCCCUAAACAGUGAAACGGUAUGAAAAUUCCUUUCCCGAUCGUAUUCCUGCAAGGCUGCGGGGGAGAAUGACUAAGAAGUAGAAGUACAUUUUGUCGAAUUGAAAAUGCUUUGCGUGACUGUAAAUGCCUUCAUAAUAAAUGGCUUCUCUUCAUAAUAA